ACAGGCAGAGAGCAGAAGAGAGUAGAGGCUGGGCCUCUGGGCGGUAGACACACCCUGGGACCAGCUUGGUCAGCUGGUCCCAUCGGUGCAGUGACCAGAGUCGUGUUGGGCUCCCACCAGUGAAGAAGGGCGGCUUUCCCAGAGACUGAGGAUUCUGUGAAGACCUUACACUUGGACGCAAAGCAAGGAUGCGUGAAAUCGUACAUCUUCAGAUCGGCCAGUGCGGGAACCAGAUCGGAGCCAAGUUCUGGGAGGUGAUUGGCGAGGAGCAUGGGAUCGACUCGGCCGGGGGCUACUGUGGGGACUGUGCCUUGCAGCUGGAGAGGAUCAGCGUGUACUACAACGAGGCCCACGGUAAGAAAUAUGUGCCCCGGGCGCUGCUGGUGGACCUGGAGCCUGGGACGAUGGAUAGCAUCCGAUCCAGCAAAUUGGGAGCUCUCUUUCAUCCGGACAGCUUCAUCUACGGUAACUCCGGGGCCGGCAACAACUGGGCCAAGGGCCACUACACGGAGGGCGCCGAGCUGGCGGAGAGCGUGCUGGACGCCGUGCGCAGCGCCAGCGAGGCCUGCGACUGCCUGCAAGGCUUCCAGCUGGUGCAUUCGCUGGGCGGCGGCACGGGCGCGGGCAUGGGCACGCUGCUGCUGAGCCGGAUCCGGGAGGACUUCCCCGACCGCAUCCUAAACGCCUUCAGCGUCCUGCCCUCGCCCAAGGUGUCCGACACGGUGGUGGAGCCCUACAACGCCGUGCUGUCCCUGCAGCAGUUGGCGCAGAACGCCGACGCCUGCUUCUGCAUCGACAACGAGGCGCUCUACGACAUCUGCCUCCGCACACUCAAGCUGGCCGCGCCCAGCUACGGCGACCUCAACCACCUGGUGUCCCUGACCAUGAGCGGCAUUACCACGUCUUUGCGCUUCCCGGGCCAGCUCAAUGCCGACCUGCGCAAGCUGGCCGUGAACAUGGUGCCCUUCCCGCGCCUGCACUUCUUCACGCCUGGCUUCGCGCCGCUCACCAGCCGCGACGGCCGGCAGUACCGCGCGCUCACCGUGGCCGAGCUCACGCAGCAGGUGUUCGACGCGCGCAACGCCAUGGCCGCCUGCGACCCGCGCCGCGGCCGCUACCUGACCGUGGCCUGCAUCUUCCGGGGCCGCAUGUCCACCAAGGAGGUGGACGAGCAGAUGCUCGGCGUGCAGACCCGGCACAGCGGCUGCUUCGUGGAGUGGAUCCCCAACAACGUCAAGGUGGCCGUCUGUGACAUCCCGCCCCCGGGGCUGAGCAUGGCCGCCACCUUCAUUGGCAACAGCACGGCCGUGCAGGAGCUGUUCGGCCGCGUGGCGGAGCACUUCUCGACCAUGUUCCGGAGGAGGGCGUUCGUGCACUGGUAUACCAGCGAAGGCAUGGACGUCGGCGAGUUUGCAGAGGCCGAGAGCAACAUCCGCGAUUUGGUGUCCGAGUACCAGCAACUGCAAGACGCCAGAGCGGUUCAGGAGGACGGAGAGGUCGUGGGGGAGGCAGAAAUGGAACCGGAAGAUGGGCCACACGAACCUCGCGGGGCGGUGUGAGGUCGGCUGCAGACCCCCUCCCGCCUCCCUGCCGUCCCGCCGACUCCCCACGGGACGCGCCGCAGCCACCCCGUGUCCGCACGCAUGCGCGGCCGCGGGGACAGGGGCCUGGGCGGGAGCUGGGAGCGCUGGGGCCUUCCGCUGGCUUUCACUAGCUUUCAAGACUUUGCUCUUCACUGCACACUCUAUUAACCGGGUUUUAAUGGCAAAGUGAAUUUAUCGUGAAGCACACCACCUUUGUUUAGAAAUGUUGAUCGGGUAGUUACUGCAGGCACGGCGCUGUGCCAGGCAUCAAGAGUACCCUCAAGACUACCGACGUGCAUGGCUACCGCGGCUGACGUCCACCUCCACCCUUUCGCAGCACCGAUGAGCACCCUGGAACCCUUGCUUGGCACCCCUGCUAAGAGUCAUACCCCAGCUUCCGUCAUGUGCACUGCCCAGCAUCCUAAUUCCUGGUGCUCGCUGGCCUCCCGAAAAGCCAGGUGACUAACUGGUACGUGGGGAGCUGUGCAGCCGAAGCAAGUGUGAGUCAGCAUCCACUAGUGAAUCGUGUAGACCUUGAGUGCACGUCCGUGUACUAACUGGAAAGGGAAAAAAGGGAGGGCAGAAAAAAAAAAAAAGUGGCAGUGCUUUUUACCAAAAUACCUGGCCAAGAAAAACCCCUCAAACGACAGGCAACAGUCACCAACCCCAAUCCUCUGAUCUUUAUUUCUGAAUAGCUACCUGUUAACAUAGAUGUUUAGAUACUCUUUAAGUUUCUUAGGGGUGUUGGAUUCUGGGAAUUCAUUAAUCACCAUCUUCGGUUUUCCUGGUAAAGGCUGUUUCAAAAUGCCCUUUUCACUCUCAUUCAGUGAACACCUCCUGAAAGCACUCGGUAGCCUCUGCUCUUUCAGAAAGGGCACCCGGUGCGCUGGGCACGCUGGGCAACCAUUCAGAUGCAGGAAUUCGGCGGCGGUGUCCUUCUUCCUCGUGGAGGACGUCGUCUCAUUAGGGAACUUUUACAGUUCAAAUUAAUUUGCAGAAGUUGCCAUAAAUGUUUGCAUGAUGACACAGCUUUGACCAUUACCCGAGUUUAAUCUGCUCACAUUACAACAGGACCAAAUCCACAGGAGUGUAAUCAAAUCAUCCGUAACUUUUUAAUUACAGUUUACCUAUCUCUGACAUACUGCACGGCCAUCCCUUCCAGGGCCGUAAGGGUCUUAACGGCCUCCUAGAAUUACCACUGAGCUCUUCUCUUUGAUCCAUGAGUAGUCGGCAAUGGGAAGAGGCUCCAACCCUCCCUGCAGGAAAUAUUUACUUGCAGGCAACUAGGUUCUCGGAUCUGCAUUUGUCAUCUGCAGUAAGGUAGCAGGUGGAUGGACGACACUGCCUGCUCAUUCUGUUCUGGGAAACGUCACUCCUUCACGUGCAUGUUGUGAGAAGUAACGAAAAUACCUGCGCAAACGAUGUCCUGCUGUCGGCAUCGUGACAAGCCUUCUAUUGACAACACUUAAGAAAAGUUUUAAACACUUCCUACUUGUGGCUCAAGCAUUAAAAACAAAAGCAGAUUUAUUAAGAAAAUGUACCUGUAUACUCUGAAGUUCAUAACUUCUCAGAAGCUAAAAAGACUUAUGACCUUUGAUGUUACAAGAAUUUAGAUGCGCUUCCUCUAGCACUUUCCUUCUCAAAUCUAAAAAGGCAAUCUAUUAUAGAUACAAGGAAGGCUACAGAUCUAAAUCAAAAAACCUGCUGAUUUAUAUUACUGUCAAGAUUUUUGUUUGCUCAAUAGUAAUCAUUAAAGUACAAGGAAAUUCAAUUUUAAA